AACAUUUUUGUUUUAGUGCGAAAAGUAUAAAGUAUUUGAUACAAAGCAUUUUUGGUUGGUGCUCCACUCGUCCAGCAGCUACCGUUAUCUUUUUGAAAAUGCUAAUCUCAACAUAGAUUCGGAGGUAAAGGUUGCUUACCCUUCCACAAAUCUAACUACUGAUGAAACUCGCUAUAUUUUGGAUGAAGUUUAUAAUCCAGCUUAUGGAAAAGGGGGGCAUUUAAAAUCGUUUAAAACCGGCACUUAUGGCACCAAUAAUGAAUUCCAUAUGGAUAAAAUGAAAAACAAGUAUGUUGUACGUCGAAAUCUCACAGGAGUCCAUUUCAAGAGUCUCGUGGUGCUAUCAGAGCCUUUUGAAAAGCCAUUGGAGAAUUAUCUAUUAAAAGACAGUCACAUUGAAGUGGACAGUCUUAACCGAUUUCAUGCCCGUUUGUUGAAAUACUGCAGAGAUUACCACAAUUUCAGUGUCGGAUAUGUUGAAGUUACUAAUUCGUGGGGAUACUAUCAGCCUGAUGGAACUAUGGACGGCUUAGUGGGAAGCUUGGAACGAAAACUGAUUGACUUCGGUUCUUCUCCGUUGGUUAUAAAGACCGAGAGGGCAAAGUUUAUUAGCUUUGGCCGAGGAACUUGGCCUUUGCGAAUGGCAUUUAUCUUCAGAAAUCCAAAUUCGAAACGUUCGUUUGAAAUWUUUGCUAAACCCCUAUCAGAUGAUGUCUGGCUGCUUAUCGUCAUGUCUUCAAUAUUAAUAAUAAUUGUUCAAAAAUUAAGUUACGAAAUGGAUAAUGGCAUAGAUGUCCAGAACCACAGAGAACGCACUUCUGAUACUUCCUGGAGCUUAAGUACUAUCUGUACAUUUGGUGUGUUCUGCCAACAAGGAAUUAUUUCGGUUCCCAGAUGCCUAGGCGGUAGAACUUCUGCUAUAGUGGCUCUUUGGUGUGGAUUAGUGAUUUAUCAGUUUUAUUCAGCGAGUUUGGUGUCGUUUUUAUUGAAUGUACCCGUUAACGUGUUGAGCACUGUUCAAGACAUUUUGGAUAAUGGCUUUGAUGUUGGCUAUGAAAGAGUUCUAUAUGCAAUGUCUUUACUAAAGGCUGCAACAAAUCCGGCAGCUCAAGAAGUUUACCGAAGAGUCUCAAAUAAAAACCAAACAGGAUACCUGAGAAGAGAACAGGGAUUAGAGCUCGUGAAAAAUGGACGGUAUGCUUUUCAUGUGGAAUUGGUAACAGGAUAUCCAUUUAUCGAGCAACAUUUUGAUGAAUCUAUGAUUUGCGAACUGAAAGAAAUCUCGCUAUUUCCUGCUAUGUACAUGUACUCUGGGUAUCAAAAAUGGUCGCCGUUCAGAGAGUUUCUGGAUGCAUGCCUCCACAGAUUGGAAGAAAACGGUGUGGUUUCUCGAGAACUAUAUUUCUGGCACCCACGAAAACCGCAAUGUAUGCGAUCCAGAUCAACCAUAAAAGUCAACACCAGUUUAGAAGAUUUUUAUCCAGCUUUAGUAAUUUUGCUGAUCGGAAUGGCGUUUAGUUUAAUGGUAUUGUUUGUAGAAAUUCUUGUUAGUCGAAUUAAUGCACGCAAUGACUUGGCUGUUAAUUUCGCUCUUUUUCCAUUUACUAAUUAAGAAAAUAUUCACAUCGACACCAAACCCAGCAAACCACCAAUUUAUAGCAUCAGUUAGUUCAAUAUGUUUUGAGUAAACGCAAGUUGAUUUACUCUAUUUGAUAAAUAUCUGCACGUUUUUAUUGUAUGGAUUAGCUAUAAAUCUGUAAUAAAUUUAUUUCAAAUAUA